GAGGAGCCGCGGGGAUCCGCGCCCAGCCGCGGGGCCGCCGGCAGACCUGGCGGGGUCUGGGCCGAGCCGGGCCUCGCUGAAGCAGUGAGCCGAACCGAGCGACUGCGUCGCCUGGGCCGUCCUUCAGGUCUGUCGAGAUCGCGGAGAUAUCAUCAGCGUGCCGCUGGGCAGGUGGUGGGCUUCCUAUCCACCUCUGUUUCCUUCCCCGUACCAACAAGAUGGCGUCGUCGAUACCUGCCACGGCCGCGACGGUGGAGAGGCUUGGCAUCAACGUGGACGAGCUGGUGCGGCGCUUCUCGGCGCUUGACUAUGCCGUGUUCGGGCUGCUCCUCCUGCUCUCGCUGGGCAUUGGUGUCUACUUUGGCGUCUGCAAGGGCCACGAGAUGAAAGACAACACGGGUUACCUGCUGGGAGGUCGUCAGAUGGGCACCGUGCCCGCCGCCAUGUCCCUCAUCGCCAGCUUCAUGUCAGCCAUCACGCUGCUGGGCACGCCGGCCGAGGUGUACCAGUACGGCACCCAGUACUGGGUCAUCGCCUUCUCCUAUCUGAUCGUGACGCCGGCUGCCGCCUACCUGUACAUGCCUGUUUUCUUCGACCUCCAGCUGAUCUCGGUCUACGAGUAUCUGGAGAGACGCUUCCACCGCAGGGUCCGCGUCACCGGCGCCUGUCUCUUCUGCAUUCAGAUGAGCAUCUAUAUGGCCAUCGUCGUAUACGCACCAUCUCUUGCACUGGCACAAGUGACCGGUGUCAAUGUCUACCUGUCCGUCUGUCUGAUCUUCUUCGUUUGCAUCUUCUACACAGCUCUGGGAGGCAUCAAGGCUGUUCUUUGGACGGACACCAUUCAGAUGGCCAUCAUGUUCGCCUCGAUGCUGGCCAUCAUCAUCAAGGGAUCAUACGAUGUUGGCGGAUUCGAUGUUGUCUGGGAGAGAGCUGUUGAAGGAAACCGCAUCGAGUUCUUCAACUUCAACACCAGUCCAGGAGUGCGGCACACAGUCUGGACUCUGGUGGUGGGCGGCUACUUCACCUGGAUCACCAUCUACGGCGUGAACCAGGCGCAGGUCCAACGCUACCUCUGCGUGCCCACUAAGCGGCGCGCCGCCAACGCCAUCUGGUUGAAUCUGGUAGGCCUGUUGUUCCUGCUGACCGUGUGUAGCUACGCUGGUCUGGUCAUCUACGCCCGCUACCGGCUGUGCGACCCGCUGAGCUCAGGGAGCGUGAGCACGGCCGACCAGCUGUUCCCGCUGUUUGUGAUGGAUACGCUGGGCGAGACGCCGGGAGUGCCAGGGCUCUUUGUGGCCGGGAUCUUCAGUGGUGCUCUCAGCACCGUGAGCUCCGGGAUCAAUUCGCUAGCGGCCAUCACCAUGGAGGACUUCAUCAUGCCCAGCGUCAGCAGGCCGCUGACGGCUCAGAUGCAGACCAUCAUCUCUCGCGCCCUGGCCGUCGCCUUCGGUGUGUUGGGAUUUCUACUGGUGUUUAUUGCUGAACAGCUUGGAGACAUCUUACAGGCGGCUCUCAGCAUAUACGGCAUGGUUGGGGGACCGGUUCUCGGAGUGUUCACUCUGGGAUUGUUCUUCCCUUGGGCCAACCACAUUGGCGCCAUGUCGGGCAUUUUCUCUGCCUUGCUCGUCAUCUUCUGGAUCGGAAUCGGAGUGCAGGUGGAGAAGGCGAAGGGCCACAUCCACAUCCCGAAGCUGGAGACCUCGGUGGCGGGCUGUCCACGCUACAACGUCUCGUACGUCGACCUGUCCCCGUCAGCAGCUCCUCCGACCCUCAACAGCAGUCUCCUCGACACGCCAGAACGGGAGGACGCCCUGGGCAUCUACUACCUGAGCUACAUGUACUACUCGGCGGUGACGUGUUCGGUGGUGGUGGUGGUGGGCCUGCUGGUCAGCUGGGUGACGGGACCUCGGGACCCGCGCCGGCUGGACCCCCGGCUCGUCGUGCCGCUCGGAGACACGCUGUUUCGCUGGCUGCCCGCCAGGGCGCGGCGCUUCCUCAACUUCCACGUCGGCGAAGAACAUCAAAAGGAAGAGAAGGAGAUGGAAGUGGCGCACGCCUCAAUAGAAUAAUCGUCGCUCAACUGAAAA